AUGAAUCAGCUACAAUAUCAGUCAGGGCAGCGGCAGCAACAGCAGCCUCCGCCGCCACUCUCCAAUGGCAACAGAAACGGCUCUCUCGGAAGUACGUCUGGCGUAAAGCAACCUGAACCUCUCGAAACCAAUCAAUCCCGCGCGGCGCGUUUUGAGGACGAGAAGAGACGGAUCGUUGAAAGCUGCUUCAACAAGAGGGAUCAGGAUGGCAUGCAGGUGGAGUCAUACAUCACCCACGUUAGAAUCCUAGAGGAUGCAUCCUAUCCUUCUUCUCCGCCGCCGCCCGAAUCUCCUGCCAGCAACAAGAAGAACAGAGUGAUUCUCGUCGCGGUGCGAAGGUCGGGCAAAGUCAGGGUCCACAAGGCUCGAGAGAAUCCUAAUGGCACCUUUUCUAUCGGAAAAACAUGGAAUCUGGAUGAGCUGAACACCAUCAUAUCAUACUCCUCGAUGGUGCCGGCCACAACACAGCAACAAAUGGAGAAACAAUGGGCGUCCAAUACAGGCUUCACAAUCACGCUAGGGAAGCCGUAUUUCUGGUCGGCACCAACGCCAAAAGAGAAGGACUUUUUCAUUGCCAGCCUGAUCAAGAUAUACAAAAAAUAUACGGGAGGGAAAGUACCAGAUCUCAUCGGAUUCUCGCCACAGGACGUGGCUCACCUGACGGGCAAUCCGGCUCCUCAAAGUGCUCCUCCAUCCAGGGCCGCAGGGACUUUCUCUCCCUCUGCUCCUUCCGAUCGAUCGACGCCUCCUGCUCAACCGCCCUCCGUGCCUGCGCUUAGUUCAAACCGGCCGCAGUCGCCGUAUACUGCUCACCAACCUCUUCCACUAAGCAGAGACGGAAACAGAAUAGUGUCGCAAGAGAAUGAGCGAGUUUACUCGAGGCAGGAUCAUCCCCAGAUGGCAAGAGAUGGACUCGUACCACCUCCCCAGUUGGAGAAUCGCGCCCCAUCGAGGCAGGAGCGAAGCACGCCGCUGCAGGAGCCUCCCAGAAAUCAGCCAUAUGGUACUCAAUACCGACGGGACGAUGGACGUGCACCAUCGAUAACAAGCAAUAUGCAGUCGACGCCGCCGCGCCCCUCCAUUAGUCCGAAACCUUCAAAGACGUCAUUGUCGAGAAAUGAGACUGCUCUCGAGCCACAGCCUUUGAGACCAAAUGGCAUAGGAGCAACCAUGCCAGCAGGCUUGGACUUAGGUAAGAGAUUGGGACCUCAACCCAGUCAAGAUUCUUUCCGCAACGCCUCAGGAAACGGAGCCAUUGGUAGCUCAAGGCCGAGCAUCACAUCUGCAGACCGGAGGGCUCCAACAGAGUCAAGACCUGAAGUGCCCACAUUCAUUGAACCGUUGCCUGAAAGGAAGAGACCUGUGGCAGCUCCUCUCGAGCCUGUCACGGAUCACUUGGGUCCUCCAAGUCAGGAUGGCGACACUUUCGUAACCCCUAUGGGGACGCCAACGGAUUUGAAAGAGGAGUCGCAAAAGCGUGCUCCAGACUACUUUGCUGCCAAACAAUCUCAGAAAGAAACCCAGCCAGAAGAGGCUACACCCGCACUCCUUAGCACCGCCUCGCAUGAGCCUAACGGUCGAGAUACUCCUCCAAGCCAGAUCACAAACGAUGCGGCAACGAAUGAACACCCUGAGACCACGUCACCGCCUCCAAAAGUUGAAGAGGAGCAUCGCCCUGGACUAGGGCCUAUGUUCAAGAAGAAAUCCGGUAAAGAUAUCGCCAAUCAAUUUCGACGAGCUGCCCUUGCAGCCCAAGCGUUUCAGCCUCGUCAAGGUGGUGCCGGUGCCCGACUGAAGGCCCUCCAAGACAAGGAAAAGCAGUCAAAUGAGCCUGACGGAAUCACUUCUGUUGUUCCAGCGCCUUUACAACGAGGCAUGAGUGGCGAUAGCGCCAGAACAGGCACCCCAGACUUGGUCACUUCCACCAUUGAGAAGGAACAGCCCGUAGCUAAGGCCAACGAUGUUAUCCCGAAGGUUCAGAUUGAGCGGACAGCGACCUCGGAUAGUGUUGCAAGGCCUCAAACGCCGGUCCAGAAGCCUAUUGCCCUUACCGAGACCCCCGAAAAACAAGCACGAGCAGAGUCUCCAGACAAAGCACGAUCACGUUCGCCACAAAGAAGACGUAGACUGAAGUUGGAAGCCGAGGUGGAAAAAUACUGCUCAACCUUGGGCGUAGACCCACGUAUCAUGGAUGGUCGGGGUGCAGACUUUAACGAACUUCUGACAGAGUUUGGUUGGGAGGGCAAGCUGGCUGAUGAACAGAAAGUGGAAGAUUUCGAAUCAAACAUUCGAAGAGAGAUCGGCCGUGCUCAAGCAAGUGGCUGGCUUGGUCAUUUUGAACAACAGGAAAGUAAAGUACAAGAACUGGCAAAAGCAUUCGAAAAGGCAAUUGCCGAAUGUGAAGAGUUGGACGGCCUGCUCACGCUCUAUGCCCAUGAACUCGACACUCUACAUGAUGAUAUUGAGUAUAUCGAGGCCCAGGGCCAAGGUUUACAGGUACAGACAGCCAAUCAGAAGCUGCUACAGUCUGAGUUGGAGAGCCUCCUGAAGAACCUAACUAUAUCAUCUGAGGAUCUGAGAGCACUGAGAGCCGCGCCAAUCGACAGUUACGACGGCUUGCAGUCCAUCGAAAGCUCUCUGGCAUUACUCUACCGAGCAAUGUUGACAAUCGACCCAGAAAUCCGGCAGAAUAAACUCCGCCAAGCUGAUGCCUCGGCAGGUCGUGCUGGCGUGGGCCAGUUUGCAGAUGCCGAGAUCGGGCAGAUGCGCGCUGUCCAGCAGAAGAAGGAUCAAUACAAGGAGGAGAGCACACUUUUCUUGAACCGACUCAACCAACAUAUGAAGGUAAUGUUCCAAAUGGCCGAGCAACGAACAAGCGAAGAGAAUGCAACAGCAAGUAUAUCCUCAGGCACAUCCACAUCUCUCAAUAUCCGAGCCUACAGCGCCUCGAGACAGGACCUGUGGAUGUACAACACUAUGAUGCUUUUUGUACGAGAGGUCAACCAAUACGAAUGGCAGACGUUGAUCAGCAGCUAUGAGAUAAAUGUGAAGAGCAUAUAUCAGGCCCAAUUUCGGGAUUACUCAAUGAGUCUCAAAAAGACUGCACGAAAGCCGACUGGGGAAGAACAAGAAAUCCUGUUCACCCAUCAGGAGAAAGAGAAGGCUGAGGAGUCGCUCACAUCCACCGCUGCUCGAAAGCUCACAGUCAAGCGUGGCAGGACCGUCAAAACCAGUGCCCUGCGCCAGUCGAUAGGCGGUGAGAGGCGAGACGGCAGACCGGAGGCGUGGACAAUAUUCGAUGCUGUGCUUGAGCAGCAGGCCACAGCCAUCUCCGAAGAACAAAACUUUAUUGUCCACUUCUUCCACCUAGAUUCCCAAUCGAACACUGACUUCGCUGAGAUUGUCCAGUCUCGCCCUCCUGACCAGCGCAAGGUCCCGAAUCUUCAGGCGAAGCAGUCUUAUGACCCAGACCGGAACAUGGCCAAGAUUGUCCAGAACACUGUUGGUGGCAUCUACUCUUUCUGGGAAAUGGACCUGCAAAACCUGAUCACCUGGGUUUUGAAGAUGGACGAGAUCCAAGGCGUCGGGGUGCUCGUCUCCCUCGAACAGUGCUUGGCCAAAUACGAAGAAACAAACCAAGAAUUCAUCACUCGAACUGUCAGGAUCCUCCAUGAGCGACUCACAAGCAAAUUCCAUGCCUUCGUGGAGCAGCAGGUCAAAGCCAUUGAAGAGACCAAGGUUAAGGUCAAAAAACGAAAGGGUCUCAUUUCAUUCAUGCGUGUCUUCCCCGAGUUUACAGCGGCUGUGGAAGAUAUGAUACCUCAGGAAUCCGCACUUGACUCCCUAGAUGUACGAUUCACUGUGAACGAUGCCUACACUCGUCUUCUUAAAGCCAUGUGGGAAUCUCUCAAUUUCAUCGCGAAAGACAAUCCGGCUGCUGCAAGCGGGACUACGAGUGCAAAUGCCCCAAUCAGCGGAGACCCCGAGGAUAAAGAGGCGCUGAACUAUCAUAUUUUGUUGAUCGAGAACAUGAAUUACUUUGUCGAGGAGGUCAAGACACAUAACAACGGUGUGCUCGAGGAAUGGGUAGAGCGCGCAGGCCAAGACCAGGUCAGCCAUCUUGGUCAAUACACCGACGCGGUAAUACGACGACCACUGGGCAAGUGGCUCGACUUCCUAGAGAGCACAGAGGCGAUGAUGAAAGGCAUCUCAAGUGGCGAAUAUACCAGUAUUGCUAGCAAGCCCAGCCAUUCACGCAGCAGUGCAAAGAAGAUUCUUGGUGCGUAUGAUACAAGGGAGGUGCGUAAGGGAGUGGAGACAUUGAAAAAGCGGAUCGAGAAGCAUUUCAGUGAUGGGGAUGAUGGCGGAUUGGGAGCCAGCACGAGCAGUCUCAGUCGUGGCUUGAUUGGACGUGUGUUUGAGGAGUGUGCCACUCGAUAUAGCCAUGCUUGGGAUAGGAUGAGAGUUGUGGUUGAUCGUGUCUACGAAGGUGGAUUGGAGAUUGAGUGGAGGAAGGAGGAUGUUCAGACGAUGUUUCGGCGUUGA